AUGUUUCGGAGUCGCAGCUGGUUUGGGGGUGGAUGGAAUCGCCCGAAGAAUCGUCUUUCACUUGAUCAUCUGAAAUAUUUGUACAGCGUACUGGAGCGUAAUACGACCGUGUCGGAAAGUAACCGAGGACUGCUGGUGGAAUCGUUACGUUCGAUAGCGGAAAUACUGAUUUGGGGCGAUCAAAAUGAUUCUUCCGUGUUCGACUUCUUUCUGGAAAAGAAUAUGCUGUCCUACUUUUUGCAUAUUAUGCGCCAAAAGAGCGGAGGAUCUAGCUUCGUGUGCGUACAACUGCUCCAAACACUGAACAUCCUGUUCGAAAACAUCCGUAACGAGACGUCGCUGUAUUACUUGCUUAGCAAUAACUUGGUCAAUUCGAUCAUAGUACACAAAUUUGACUUCUCCGACGAAGAUGUAAUGGGGUAUUAUAUAUUAUUUCUGAAAACGUUGAGCCUCAAGCUCAACACGCAUACGAUACAUUUCUUUUACAAUGAGCAUACGAACGAUUUUCCACUCUACACGGAAGCGAUCAAAUUCUUCAACCACCCCGAGUCGAUGGUACGCAUUGCCGUGCGUACGAUUACCUUGAACGUUUACAGGGUGCAAAACCCGAACAUGUUGCAGUUCAUACGCGACAAAACGGCCGCACCGUACUUUAGCAAUCUAGUAUGGUUCAUAGGGAAACAUAUCCUGGAGUUGGACAAUUGCGUACGCAAUGACAUUGACCAUCAAUCCCAGCACCGUUUGGCAAACCUUGUAGCGGAACAUUUGGAUCAUCUACAUUAUCUGAACGAUAUACUCUGUCUCGAUAUUGCCGAUCUGAAUGCCGUCCUGACCGAGCACCUGCUGCACAAGCUGUUCGUGCCAUUGUACAUAUUCUCGCUUACACCCUCACCGCCAAUGUCGAUGGCGGAGGUGACGUGUAACCUUGCGGCCGUCUUGAACAAGGUGGUCGAUAUUGACAUCAAAGAGAUGAACAAUCCACGCGUUGCAAGUGUCGUGGCUUUGUUUCUGCUGUCGCUCGUGUUUCUUGUAGUAACGCAUCGGCCACUGAUAAAUGCGCUCACCUGGGUGAUUCUGAACGCGGAUCACACCGUUUUUAAGGAGGGAGCUGCCCAGGUACUGAACGCUUACAUCGACAACCGGGAGGUGGUAGCGCUGGGAUUUGUUCAACCGGUGGAAAGUCUGGAAGAAGCGUUGGAAAGUACGGUACCGUCUACGGCAGCUUAUGGCGUUGAGCAGCUACACUUGGGAGAUGAACGAACCAAUGACAGAGGUGGUAGUAAUAAAAGCCCCAACAGUAGCAGCAGUAGUAGCAACAAAAGCCAGGUUAGCAGUAGCUCCAGCACUUCAACCAACAAUGAACCACCCAUAUCGAAUUCUCCUAGUCCGCCAACGCUCUCAGAAGAGAUCGAAAAGGUGAACAUCACCGAUGAGGAAAAGGAGAAGCUCCUGCUCAAUGCUUACCGAACGCCCGAAACGAAUCGUCCCUUUCUCGACAUGGUCCUAUCAUCACUUGAAUGCACCGAGAACGAUUUUCUAGCACUGUUGGCCUUGUGUUUGCUUUAUGCACUUGCCAACAAUAAAGGUGUUAACUCAGAAUGGUUAGAGAUUGUGUUGAAUCGCUCGUCGCCUACAAACCGCACGCAGUAUAAUGUGGUUCUGAUCGAGAAGUUGUUGCAGAUCGUUAACAUUUCUAGCCAACCUUCCUGCCGGAUACGACUCGUUACCACGGAACUAGCGUUGAAGCUUCUCGGUCAGAUAAUAGGCACCGGUAUGGAAGAUUCUGCCACUUCCGUGCCGGAAGAGUAUCUGUCUGCUCUGAAUCAAUCCCGUAAUCAGGCGAUGAAUGUGUUGAAAAAUUUCUACAAAUCGGAAGACAUUUUCUUGGACCUUUUCGAAGACGAAUAUAACGAAAUGGUGAAAUCUACACUGAAUGUGGAAUUUCUCUGCAAUGACUCUACUAUUCUGUUACCACCGACUGGAACGCCCCUGACUGGCAUUGGAUUCACCCGUCGCCUACCGUGCGGGGAGGUUGAGAAAGCCCGCCGUGCAAUCCGUGUAUUUUUUCUACUGCGCCGAAUGUGCCAGUCAACAUCGGGAGAAAAGGAAACACUGCUUCCGCUCACCAAUCUGGGCCAAUGUGUUCAAAUAGAUAAUGCGCUUGAUUUGAAUAAUAGUGAUCUUAUUGCCUGCACCGUAGUCAUGCGAGACGGGACGAAAUAUCGACGGUUUUUGGUAAUGGAUAUCCUACAGCUCAUACUGGUAGAACCGGACAGCAAACGAUUAGGAUGGGGUGUUGCAAAAUUCGUUGGAUUUCUGCAGGAUGUGGAAGUGAACGGUGAUAAGGAAGAUUCGCGCAGUCUUCAUCUAACCAUCCAUCGAGGUGGUGCGACUAACAAUCGUACGCCCAUACUGUCCGCGAAGUUUAUGUUUGACGAUCAUAUUCGGUGUAUGGCAGCUAAGCAGAGGUUGACCAAGGGACGCAGCAAAGCAAGGCAAAAGAAAAUGUUUCAAAUAGCGCAACUGUUGGAAAUUCCGGGACAGUUGAACGAAACGUCUUUUCCAUCACUCGCGGCGGGAGGAUCUUCGGCAAGUGGUACGCCGUCGCUACGGCAUGGAUCGUCCGCACGCCAAGGGAGGGAACAUCGUCCCCUGUUUUCUACCAGCAACCGUGUACCCGGUGUGGCAGCUGCGUUAAGACGUGACAGUAUGCCAUCGGGGAGCGUUAGCCGCGUGCAGAUGAGCGCGAGUCGCUCAACUGAAGGCGAACCAACUGGUGCACGAAGGAAACUACCCGUGGGAGCUGCACGGCGAGAGAGUAGCCAACCGAUUGGUAUUGGAUCGAGUUCGAUGAAAUCGCGUGAUAAUUCACGUAACCGGUCGAGUACGCCUCGCUCGAGGGAAUCGAGUCCUCGCAUACCAAGACCACGUUCGGAAGAAAUACCACUGGAAGAUUUUCGUCGCUCACAAAACUCUAGUCCUGUGUCGCGCAACUCGUCCAACAAUCCAUCCCGUUCGCAUACUCCUUCUCGAUUGUCGCUAGAGCCGCUAAGUGUGGUCAACAUCUCACCGAGCAUAGGUGGCAAUGGAAAUGGGAACAGUGGCAACGGAAGCGUGCUGAGCGGUUCCGUCAAAGAUCCGAUCAUUCCUAAUGUGUUGUUAGCUGGUACCACCAUUACUCCCGCACCAAUCAUAACACCGUUAUCCGCUACGGUCGUGCCGUCGGAGUUAAGCCCCACAUCGGAGGAAACAUCAUUCAUUGCGCCCGAAGAAGAGCGCCAGAAAAAGCGUGGAGUUAUCGAAACGGUAUAA